UGAUUUCCUGAUUUUUAAUAUCUCUCUGUGUGAUUUGUCCAGAAUAAUGUUAGGAUGUAUAUGUUAUUGUCUUAAUUAACAUAUGUAAGGAAAAGCUUAUAAUUCAAAGUAAAAUCUUGAAAAUUAAGGUAAUUUUGAAAGUUGAGUAGACAGGAUUCAUGUAACAAGUAAAGUACUCAUGCUGUAAGUUUAUUAUUGGCUUUUGAAUAUUCGAGAAUAUUUUUCAUUUCGACCAUAGAAAGGAACCGGAACCAAUAUUAGAUAAAUGAUAUAAGUUUCAAGCUAGGUUUAUGACCUCAACACUAUAAGAAAAAUAAGGACAUUGUAGGGAAAGCAAAUGCUGAAGUGAAACACAACAUGUUAAGUAUCAAUCCUUGUUUUAGACUUCAAGUGUUUGAGCGUUUUCUGUUUGAAUACUCCCUUAAUUACCUUCUACUUUGUACUUUCACUGUAUUCCAUCAUUCUCACCUUUCACGAAAAAUCUCUUCUCACUGCACUAAUCUCUUCUUUAGUGCAAAUUCUGUUUAGCGGUUAACAACUUCUAUUCUUCUUCUCACCCCAUAAUGCUGCUACAGGUUUUGGCUUUGGUACAGAGUAUAAAACACACUUUCUGCUCUGAAUUAUAAAUUUCUAACCAGCAUGACUCCAGAUCGUAAAGGAGCUGUUGCUGUUGAAGGGGAUACUGAAGAUAGAAUCAGUGCUCUACCAAGAAACGUUAUAGAUAGUUUUUUAAGUCUCUUGCCUGUUCACGACGCAGCAAGAACUAGUAUUUUGUCCAAAAAUUGGAGAUAUAUUUGGGCCAUGCUUCCCAAUUUGGUGCUUGAUAAGCACUUUUGCAAUAAAUUAGCACUAAAAUCUCAAUCUGUCCUCAAAGAAACGGUAGAUGAGAUUCUCUUACAACAUCUUGGAGACAUCGUGAAAUUUGUUCUUGAUAUGUCAGGAACACAUUUGACUUCAUAUGCAGAUAUUGAUAGAUGGAUGCUUUUUGUCACCAGAAAUAAUGUCAAGGAGCUAAUCCUUGACAUGCCAGAUAAUAGUACUUAUAAACUCCCUUCGCAUGUGUUUAAUUGUCCAACCCUGUCAUAUUUGAAAGUCCACAACAGUUUAUUCAAACCACCAAAUUCUUUUCUCGGCUUUCAGAAUCUUACAUGUCUUAAUCUGCAUAGAAUAACCUUUGUGCCAACCCCAGAGUUUUGUGUUAUUAACGCCCCCCUUCUUGUCAAUUUGACCUUGACGCAUUGUAAUGGUACUCAAUACCUCAACAUUGUUGUCUCAUCAGUGUUGAAGUACUUGUUUGUUCGUGAGAGUCACUAUAAUCUUGACCUAAAUCGCUUUAUGACCUGCAAAGAGUUGACAUAUUUAUACCUUGUGGUUGAUAGUCCAAUACCAGCUGAUGAAAGAUCAACUUAUGAAAAGCUUAUUUUUAGCUUGCCUACACUUCAAGAACUUAUGUUGGGUUCAUUUGUCCUUGAGCUUUUGGGUACAGGUGCGGUUACAAAGGGCCUUCCUUUUACACUCAACUGCUUGUGGCAUCUAAUUCUGAUUGUAAACUUUGGCCAAAUGGGUCAGACUUCUUACACUCUCGAAUUAAUUAAGAGCUCCCCCAAUUUGAGUAAACUUGAGAUUUUGGUCUAUGGCACUGAUUGUGAAAGUGCUGAAGCAGUUAUGAAACAUCUGGGCAGACCAGCCUGCUUGGACCGACCACUCGACAAGCUCAAAGAUGUCGCUAUGCGUCUUUUUGAGGGUUCAAAAGCUGAACUGCUGUUCAUAAAGCUAUUGUUUGCUCGUACUCCAUCUUUGGUUAGGAUGGAUAUUAAGCAGAAGAAAGCCAUAGGGACUUGGGAAGAAAGGAAUAUCACCAGAGAGUUGAUGCGUUUCCCCAGAGCAUCUCCCAAGGCUGAGCUAUUCUAUACGACAGAUGAGGAUUAGGAUUUUAAGUCGGUUGAUUUGCGAUUUGAUGCUAUUAAUGCUCAUUGAUUCCUUCUUUGUUCAUAAUGAGUUUUGUUAAAGAAGGGAAUGAAUUGGCAGAUCUAGAAUUAGUAAAACUUGUGGGGUUCCUUUAAUAGAUAUGUUUAGGAGAUGUUUAAUGUGAUAAAAACAAAAAUGUUUCUUUUCAGUUCCUUAGUUAAUUUGGAAAAGAUCUCUGCAAUUGUUUGUGUACAUUAAUGCAUAAAUAACCUUGUUUGGGAAUU